AGUCGUCAACACACGUUACACACUUCUCGUUGAGUCCGCGUAGAGUCUAGAGGCACGUUUUCCACUUGUCGCGCGCUACGGUCCGGUCUUCGCAAACAACGUCGGUUCAGUACUCGCUGGUGUGUCGUCGACGUACGACGGCAAUUUCUGUGCUUCUCCGCAAUACAUCGCCUGCGGUACGGACUUUUUCGACACUAGAAUUCAACAACAGUCUAUUGUUGAAUUCGGUCUCGCAACACGGAACGAGUGAUCGAGUGUGCAUUCAACUUGUUGUUCUCUUCUCGAGGAACACAUGUGUGAAGUUCAACAGUAAGAAUAAGCAGUGAAAGCAAACAAGCACGAGUGUAUUGUGCUGAAGGAAUCAAAGAAACACAAACAAGAAUCGUGAAGUUUUGAAUUAAGAUUAGUGUGGAAAGAAGUUCCCAGAUUCUUUUCGGUGACUCUGGUUCCGGGAUCGGGUGAACAAGGAAUCAUACUACAUAUUUCGACAGAGAACCGGUUUUGUUUUGUGAAGUGAGUCGAAGAAGCCGGAAUUGGGCGUCCAAAAGAGAGAAGACCGGAAAGCAACGAACACGAAACUAAAAGAACAGCGCUGCCUACACACAAGGAAGUCGCGCGAACCGCGAAUUGAUGAGCAUUUAGGGAUUCAACGGUGUUGCGCGCUUGUUGAUUCCAAUAAAGAUCGUAGAAUUCGCGAACAAAGAGAAGAAGUGCCAAAAGUGACAGGGAGGGCUCAGCUGCAACCAGCAAGACGAAGCAGCGAAGAGACGAGAGUGACGGGUGCGCGAAACUGGUCAGAAUUCGCCAAGUGUAUAAAUUAUCAACCGCGGAAAUUCAUCACGGUGUAACAGAGCCGCACACACCUGUGAAGAAGGCAAAGAAGAAGCAGAAGCGAUAAUUGAGCGAGGGUGUUUAGUCGAAAACUAGUUUUUCGUACAAUUCCGCGCGUGUGGUAUGUGUUUCUAGCGCGCUACUUGGUAGCCGAGCAAUUCAGCAGCGAAAGAGGAAAGAGUGUGUCGAUAACAUAACUCUUCACGUCGAGCUUUUCCGACAUUCGACUUUGAACACCAGGGCCAGAGGGAUUGGAGAAAGAAGUGUGCAAAGCCGGAAAAACUCGUGUAAAUAUUUACAUUUGGCUCGUACGGGGAAUGUGCGCACGGACCGAGCAAUAGCAAGUGAUUUAUUGUACGCACACAGGAAAAGUAGCCGUGUAAAAGUUGGUGCUUCCCUGUAAUUGCCGCAAAUUCGAGACCAACACUAAGCAGAGACUGUCACCUGCCACCCGGAAAAAAGUGCUACCUGGCUUUUCACGCGAAGCAGCGGGAAAAUGACCUGUCGUAAGGAGGAAAAAAUUGCCAUUUGAUAGUUUUUUUUUCCUUUGUUUUUUUGAAAAACACUUGAGUUGUGUGAAGAACAAAGCAGUAACCCAUGCUCACCAGUCUACGCAGGGAUUAUACUACAGCCGAGCUCACAUCUAAGAAGCCGACCGAACCUAACAACAGCAAGAUGAAGCUGCUACCGAUACCGUUGUCACCGUUGAAUCCUCCAGCACCGCUCGGAAUAUGGGGUUCGGAUCUGCUUUGGCGGUAUCCUCCAGCACCACCCAGCCCACUGGCUGACCUCAAGACCCAACUGCCACCACAGCUGAACACCGACCCACGGAUUUGGGGUCGCGAAGAGGUUGCCGUAUUCUUACGGUUCUGUGAGCGAGAAUUCGAUCUACCCAAAUUUGACCUGGACCUGUUUCAAAUGAAUGGCAAAGCUCUCUGUGUCCUGACCAAGAACGACCUGGCGGAACGUAGCCCCGGUGCCGGAGAUGUCCUACAUAACGUUCUGCAGAUGCUCGUUCGUGAUGCUCAGACGCUACAUCGCCAUCUACCGAGCAGUCCCGUAACUCCGACUAGCCGUUAUCCCCUGUCACCUCACAGCCAUCCUCCAACCCCGAACUGGAGCGCUCUGGCACCUCCCGACAGUCCCUUCUUCCAUAGUAACCAUUUGCAGCAGUUCAUGGCCGCAUCAAACUCCGUUACCCUUAGUCCAGCGCCAUCUAUCGACUCACAGGCCGGAAGCCCUCCACAGAGCCACCAAGAGCAGCUACAGAACGUGUUCCAAAAAUCCUCCAGCAGCAGUAGUAGUACUCACACGCAAAACAGCAACUCGGGAGGAAGCAGCAACCAAUCCGACUCGGAUGAGGACAACACCACUGCCAGAUACCAUCCCCUUCCGCUGUCCCACCCAGAUAGCAAACUCCCUCUACUCACCCAGCAAAAUCAAAGCCCUCCACUAACUCCAAUCUCGAAGGAAACGCAACAUCUGGGUCAGCUGCAGCUACUGGACACCAAGACGCUCCAGUACCCGGUUUCUGCCCUGUUGAACAACAGUUCCAGCACUAACAGCAGCAACGGUAUCACCAGCACCAGCAACGGCAACACCCAUGGAAGCAGCAAUGGCAGCAGUACCUCCCACAGCAACGGCUCAUCCGGAGCCUCCAAUGGCCACUCGCUGAGCUUGAAAUCGCCAACUCUGUCGCCACCAUCCAGUUCUUCCCCGACUGGAUCGUCUUCGGCACCCAAUACACCUGGAGCGUUCCUUCCGGUUAAGCGAGAAUUCUUCCCAGAAGGUCCUGAACCCAACACAAAUGGAAGGUUACUGUGGGACUUCCUGCAGCAACUGUUGAACGAUCCUUCCCAACGCUACAGCAGCUACAUUGCGUGGAAGUGCCGUGACACCGGCGUCUUCAAGAUCGUCGACCCGGCUGGAUUGGCCAAACUGUGGGGCAAACAGAAGAACCACCUCUCGAUGAACUACGACAAAAUGUCCCGGGCAUUGCGGUACUACUACCGUGUCAACAUCCUGCGGAAGGUGCAGGGCGAACGGCACUGUUACCAAUUCCUCCGCAACCCGACGGAGCUGAAGAGCAUCAAGAACAUUUCCCUACUUCGCCAAACGAUGGCCAGUCAAAGCGCAAACGGGCAAUCCGGACCAACGGCCGGCAGUGCUAGCAGCCACUCGCUGAUGUCACUCCUGCCGAACGGUGCUAACAUUCACCACUUGGCUGCUGCAGCCGCGGCCGCCGCUGCCUCCCAUCAUCAAUCGAACGGAGGCGCUCCGAUUUCGCCCACCGCGCUACACCAUCCACACCACCCAUCGCAAUCGUCAGUACAAAGCUCGGCGUCCUCCAAUGGCGUCGUCAACGGCCACCACAUCAAGAUGGAGACCGAUCUCGACGAAAUGAAACCCACCGAUCUGAGCACAAGCGAUCGCAAAUACUACGGCAGCGGAUCGAACGGAGUUGACUGUUACCCAUUGAUUCGGAACGCGAACGGUUUGACCACCAUCCAGUUGCUCCGCCAACAGCAGGCGCAACACUCUCAAGAGAACAGUUCACCUCCACCGUCUCCCAGUCACCUGUCGCUCAACUCCCAAUCCCUGCACACCAUCAGCAGCAAUCUGCACCACUUGCACCAACAGCAACUGCAAGCACAAGCUGCCGCCGCGGCAGCAGCCGUUGCUGCAGCUGAGGCAAGACACCAACAGCACAGCCAACAGGAUGACGAUCACAGGCUGGAACAGCUGGAACAUGACCGGGAGCACGAUCGGGAUCGGAGUCCCUCGCCUGCCGACCACCACCAGCAGCAGCACCAUCACCAUACCGGCAAAGCCAGCGACGAUGAGAGCAUGAUGCCCACGGAUCUCAGCAAAUCCGACUCCAUGUACUACAAAUAAGGCAAAUGAUUCCACCAUUCAUUUGGCAACACUGUUGUGACAAUCAUCGUACACAGAGGAGACGCUGCGACGGAUGAUAGCCUGUGCUAACGGACCUCAGCCAGAGACCGGCGUAACGAGAGAUCUCAGCAACCACCGGUGCCAUCCUUCCAUUUACGGUAGAGCGAAAAGGCGAUCUCAUCGGCUGCGGUCCUCUCAUCAGCUACCUUCCAUCUUCCGUGUGUUUAUCACAAAUGACUGAACAAAAAAAAAAUAUAAAAAAGAAUUAAAAACGUGUGAUAGAAACAAAACGGCGGAAAUUGUAAAGAAACAAAUAUCCGGAACGGAAAAAAAAAAAAACAAAUGUGCCAAUCGUUCUCAUUAUUGCUAUCGUUUCAGAGUUUAAUCAUUCAUGAGUGGGUUUGCCUCUCGCAGAUCGAUUGUUAUCGCUGCGGAAGAAAGGCCAAUAUUCAGUUCGAAAAUGUACAGACACACAAACACACUUGAGAGAAAGUAGUUGAAUAUCCUGCCCUAUUAACACGGAUGGGUUUCGCGGAAAAGGGAAAAUCUUUUCAGUUUUCUUGUAUUAUAUGACUAAACAAAAUUUUGCGUUCGAAAAGUAGAAUUUUUAUCCAGGAUAUCGAGUAUAGCUAAUGAGGUUUUCGAUUUAAAGCGUAGAGAAAAAGAUAGAGAGAAAGCGACGGGAGAUAAAUAGGUUAUGUUGUUGACGGAUGCGAACGGGAGUGCAAAUUGUGUACAGUUUUUUUUUACUCGUAGAAGUAGAGUUCACCCUAUUUUUUGUGACAACACCCUAGCAGUUAAGCGGUUGAUCCAGCCAGGAUAAAAGUACUCAUUUAGAUUUUUCUUCUUCCAACGACACAUGUUUAUCGGUUUGCGUGAAGUAUUUUUUGUUUUGUUUAGAAAGAAAAGAAAAACACACAUAGUAGGCUAAGUUCGAGAACUUUCUUUCACAAUUGGCUUCCAUUCACCGAUAGAAUUAUUAAAUUUACAAAAUUUGAACAAAUGUGAUGAAAACAUAGAGGUUUAUAAUUGAAGAAAUUUUAACGAAAUAUUAUAGGUUUUUUUUUUUUGUUUGCGGCACGAUGAAAAUGAUGUGUGAGUUUAUAAUGGUAUUAUUUAGCGGAUUUUUUGUUGGUUUGAAGAAAAAAGGGUCGAAUUUGUUUUACUACAAUUAGUGGAAUAUUCUCUACUUCUUUUUGUUGGCUUUAAAUGGAAAUCGAAAUCUUCCUUAUUUUUACACUAGUUAUAGCAAAACAUUGUAAAUAUGGUCAGAUUUUUUUUAAAUACUGUAAUUUGUACAAUAGGUUAAGUUUUCGUCUCAAGUAGAAUAAUUUCCACACAAUAGGGUCAGAACAGUAAAACAAUUGCAAAUAAUCCACACACAUAAACAACACCCCAAAUAGUGGCAGAAUGUGAUAUUUUCAAAAACCUCCACUUGGGAAAGCUGCAAUGACGAACUGGAUUUCGUUCGCAGCCGCCCUUCGUGGAUUGUUAUCAGAGCAGAUAUUAACAGGAGAGCCAGGUUAGGAAAUAGCGAAUCACAACCAACAGAAAUAGAGACAUGCUAAACAGUGCACCCAGAAUCACCCUGCAGAAUAAACACAGAGCCAGGUCAUUUUUGUUCUAUAUGUAAGUAAGUGUCAGCAAAAAAAAACGAACACGAUCAUUUUUGCAAUAGUUUUUUUUUUCUUUUUUUCGUGUACUGUAAAGCAUUAUUUUUUAUCACAAUCAUUACUAGAGUAUGACUUUUUUUAGAGUUUAUCGAAGAUAUGUUCUAAGGUAUAAGAAAUGCAAAAAGAAGACUCAAUCCCAAUAAAAAGAAUAUAGAAUUGUUUCAAACAAA